UGUGAGCGCUGCUUCGACGCGCGUGUCAUGGCUUAAAAAUAGCUGCUCGGCGGCCCAGCGGUCGUGCCGAGGCGGCCGAGGCGACGGCAACAACAGGGGAGUCAUGGCCCAGGGGCUGCGGGCGCCUGCGAUCGGCCUCCGGGACUGAGACCCCGCGGCUCAGAGAGCAACAGCUACCUGGAGACUGAGCCGGCUUCGCAGCGGCCACCCGGGCAGCAGCGCUGCGGUUUCUGGCCUCUAAGAUGUGUCCUGGGAACUGGCUCUGGGCCUCCAUGACUUUCAUGGCCCGCUUCUCCCGGAGUAGCUCCAGGUCUCCUGUCCGCACCAGAAGGGCCUUGGAGGAGAUGCCCACUGUUCAACAUCCCUUCCUCAAUGUCUUCGAGUUAGAGAGGCUUCUCUACACAGGCAAGACAGCCUGUAACCACGCGGACGAGGUCUGGCCGGGCCUCUACCUCGGAGACCAGGACAUAGCUAACAACCACCGUGAGCUGCGGCGCCUGGGCAUCACCCACGUCCUCAAUGCCUCACACAGCAGGUGGCGAGGCACACACGAGGCCUACGAGGGGCUGGGCAUCCGCUACCUGGGUGUCGAGGCCCAUGACUCGCCAGCCUUUGACAUGAGCAUCCACUUCCAGACAGCUGCCGACUUCAUCCACCGGGCGCUGAGCCUGCCUGGAGGGAAGAUCCUGGUGCACUGUGCCGUGGGAGUGAGCCGAUCCGCCACGCUGGUGCUGGCCUACCUCAUGCUGUACCACCACCUCACCCUCGUGGAGGCCAUCAAGAAGGUCAAGGACCACCGAGGCAUCAUCCCCAACCGGGGCUUCUUGAGACAGCUCCUCGCCCUGGACCGCAGGCUGCGGCAGGGUCUGGAGGCCUGAGGGGUGGGGAAGGGAGUUCGGGCCAGGCCCGUGGGUCCCUGGCUCCCAGCUGGAGAGAGGAGGCCCAGUGACAGGUAUGGGGAGGCCCAGAGACCCCAUCCUCUCCUAUAGGCAGGAGAGUGAGAGGGCUGGAGCGUGGUCCCACCAUUGCUGUUUGUCUUGAUGGGGUGGGGAGUGAGGGUCAGGGUGUGAUGGACACCCAGGAGGGAGCUGACCAGGGAAGGAAGCAGCUAGGCUGUAGGCCGAAGUCGGUCCUGGGAUUCAGACCCCGUUGGAUUCCAGCCAGGGCGCCCCCAGUGACUCAGAGCCCCUUCCCCCCUUUGUGCCCAGGUGUUCCCCUUUCUCGCUUGUCAAAACAAAAGGGUCCUCUCUGUCCUGCGCUGGUGCAGGGAAUCUGAAUGUGAUG